AUGAAUCCUCCAUUAAAUACGAUUCAUCAGAUUUACCCACAACUUCAUUCGACAAUGGUGAGUCAACAGAAGAAUCCGCCUUCACUACAACCUUCAAAGAAUCAAUGGAAACCAUGGAAUCAGCAGGCGAAGGAAAGGAAACGCCUGAAAGGUAUGAUUGAAGGUGGUGCAAAGAAAGGAUUGAAGGAGAGUUUUAACCAAUUUGCAGGAUUGCUUGGUCAAAGAGUUAAAUUCGUGAAUCAGCUGAUUGUAUUAGACAAAGAUCAAAUGUUGGAGGCUUUGCUGAAUGAUCACCAAUCCCAUUGGGAAUUGAGGGUGUGGUAUUUUUGUAAUUUCACUGUGUUUUCUACUGUUUUCAUGGUUGUUUAUGCUUUUGUGCAUAUUUUUCUAUGUGAUUCGAAUCGGAUUCAAGGUUUAGAGUUUAAUGGGCUUGAAUUUCCUGAUAGUUUUGGUGAAUUUGUUAUGUGUGGAGUAAUUUUCUUCAACUUGGAGCGCGUUUAUAUCAUGGUUUCCCGGUUUGUCCAAGCUAGACUGAGUAGAGUAGCACUCAUCAAGGGAAACAAGUUACCUCCAUUGGAUUGUUCAGGUUUCUUAGAUCCUUUUGUAGUGUUGACAUGUAAUGGGAAGACAAGAACAAGUUCUUUCAAGCUUCAAACUCUCGAUCCGCAAUUGAAUGAAAUACUCGAGUUUGAUGUUGCAGAAGAACCCCUGUUGUUAUUGAAUGUUGAAGUAUUUGGCUUUGAUGGUCCUUUUGGUCAACCGACUUCACUUGGGCAUGCGGAGAUUAGAUUCUUGAGACAUACAUCUGAAGAAUUGUUUCCAUUCUUUUGUGUCUUUUCAUUUUGCAAACAGGAUCAUGGGAGCACCGAAUUCUUUGAUCCAUUAAGGGGGCUAUCAACAGAAACCUUGGAGCCAGUUGAAAAUACGGUAGUUGCAGAAAAGCUUCCUGCUACCCAACCAACCUCUCAUCUCUCUUCAAAGAAGGAGUGGACAUCCUUUAAUAAGCUACUAAUGCAGAGAUUUCCUGUCCCAAAAAUGAUUUCAGUUUCUUCGUUUUCAAGCAAAACCAUAAAAGGCAGCAAGGCAAGUGGAGAACUAUCAUCAAAUAUUCAGUCAGAUGAAUUGAAUGACUCUCAAAAGUUGAAGGAAGGAGGAUUCAAGAUUGUUAGCCAGCAGGAGUACAUUAAAUGGAUGCAUGGACUUAAACAUGAGAUCAUGCGUUCUUAG